AUGGGAAAAAUCGUUACCAUUGGUCUUCAUGGGACAAAUUAUGUUAUCCUACAAAGGAAGGAGGGUUGGGGUUUAGAAGAAUUAAGGAAAUAUCGAAGAGUUUUGCUUACAAAAGAUGGUGGAGAUUUCGAUCGGUCAGAACCUUAUGGUCAAAUUUCCUACUUGCCAAAUAUUGCAAAAGGGGGAGAUAUUAGUUUAUGGUGGGACAACUGGACCGGUCAAGUGGCUUUAGCACUUAUGGUCGAGACAGGAGGGGCAAACUUAAAGUUACUAGUGAAAGAUGCCAAAAUCGAUGGAGAAUGGGCCUUUCCUGAGCUUCAACAACUUCCUGAAUAUAUUAUUGAACUCAUUAAUUCCAUUGAGUUUGGUGAUCUUGAUAUUCCAGAUCUUGCUAUUUGGAUGUCGUCAGUGUCAGGUAAGUUUUCUACUAAAUCUGCUUGGAACUUGUUGAGGCAGUCCAGAAAUAACAUGAACAUUUUUGCUAAGCUUUGGCAUAAAUUUCUCCCCUUUAAAAUUUCCUUCCAAAUAUGGAGAGCUCUUAAAAGAAAGUUGCCUUUCGAUGACAUUUUAUUGCGAUUCAACAUUUCUCUCGUCUCUAGAUGUCACUGUUGUUUUGUGCCACAAAGAGAGACUUUGCUGCAUACUUUUGUAAAUGGGGACUGUGCAACCAAAGUGUGGAAAUUUUUUGGGGCCCCUCUCGGGAUCAUUUGGGAGGAUGUUUCUAUUAUUGCUAUGUUGUUGAAAUGGUGGAGCGCCAAGCAUUUUAGUUCGGUCCACAAGGAAAUUCUAACAGUCUUACCAUUGAUCACUAUCUGGGAGUUGUGGAAAUCUAGGUGUGCUGCUAAAUUCGGUGAGAAAAAGAUGUAUGUUUCUAGAACUGUCUAUCAAAUUCUCUUUCAUCUCAAAUGGAUCCUGGCUAAAUAUGAUUUGAACAUCAACUGGGCCUCUAACUGGCCAGAGAUUUGCAAUACUCUCAUGAACUCUCGAGACGAGUUCAAAUGUACCAUUAUUAAAUGGGAAAGGCCCGAACUGAAUUGGGUAAAAUUAAAUACGGAUGGUAGUAAAUACAAUGAUGGUCACAUCGGGGCAGGUGGUGUUAUCAGGGAUUAUGCUGGCCAUAUGUAUAUGGCUUUUGCAAAAAGUUUAGAUAUGGGCAGCCACAACCACGCUGAGGCAAAGGCUGCCCUCUUUGGGCUUAGAAUGGUUUGCAUAAUGUCAUUUUAG